CCGAGUUCAGACUCGGCGGUGGAAAGAGGUGAGCGAGUGCGCGCAGUCCCUAUGAGCAGACCCAGAGUUCGCUGAGGAUUGUAAUCAUUUUUUCUCAAGCCCGAAAAGAACCUUUCGUUUUAGAGACAGUCACGAACGAGGAGUGAACACAAUGGCCCAACAAAGUGCGACAUUAGUCACAGCAAGAACCUCGUAUUUUUAAACUUUACUUAUUUGAGAAACUACCGAGUUGAUUAAGUCUUCAAAACUUAUACGAGAUAUGCCUGCUACCAGUCUCGAUGACUUCAGGCUAUAAUUAGCUAAUUAUUUUUGCCCCAGCGAAUUAAACAAGUGAUUAGAAAAAAAACAACACACGAAACGUGUCCUUGUGGAGAAAAUAAAACUGUUCUGAUUGAACAUGAAAUUAAAACUUUAUUUUUUUUUAGUCUAAUAAAAAGGUUAGUCUGAAACGAGCAGAAAAGCGUAGCAAAUCCACGACCCAAAUGAAGUAUUCACCUCAUCCACUGCAUGCUAAGGAGCCCAUCUUAUGACAGGGGAUAUUAAACAUCAACUUCGCGGCCUACCAAGUGAGAGAACACCAUGUCCAGGAGAAAUAUGAAGAGGGAGCUAGAUAAAUAAAGAAAUGGAAUAAAUGGCAAUUAAAUCCCAAGAACAGAUCAUGCAUGAAAUGGACAGCAAGAGUAGGAAUAGCUCUGAUACAGGAGAAAGAGAAAAUAAAAAUGAACUGAAGACACAGGAACUCUAACACAAUAAAAGAACGAAAGCGUAAGCAGUUCUAAAAGAAGAGGAAGGAGAAACGCGAAACAAUAUAAAAGGAAAUAUAAGAAAUAAAGCAAAUACAAGACAGAAGAGAGAAGUGUCCAUUCUGCAGGGUGACAAGUUUCAAAGGCAGUAAGAAGUUACAAGACUUCCAACCAUAUCGCCCGAGACGGAAGGAACCACCUUUUUUACCGCAGCAUCCCGACGCCCGAAGAGAGACAAUAUGUCCCGGAGAAGACUUGGCGACAUCUUAGGCGCUACCGCUAUCGCAGAUGGAGCUACUACCACCGCCGCCGCCGCCGCCGCUGCUGCUGCGGUCACCGCAGCCGCAAUUACCGCUACCGCCUCCGCGACUACCGCUACCUCAGUCGUCACCGUCGUGUCCCUGGUUAUCGCUAUCGCCAGCGGGGUGCAAGGAGAUUCGACAGAUGUGUUUCCAGGGGCGCCCCCAAUCCAGUAUUCCAGCCUGAGCGGGCCGACAUUCAUCACCCCUAACAGAUCCACGGUGCAGGCCGUCGAGGGAACCACUGCAAUGCUGCCCUGCGCAGUGAAAAACCUACACAAUUUCACGGUGUCCUGGGUGCGGGGGCGAGACAUCCGACUCCUGACCACCUCGACAUCCACGUACACGUCCGAGAAGCGCUUUGUGGCCGCCAAAUUGGCCGGGGGCUCCCACUGGCUGCUCAAGAUCCACUACGUCAGGCUGAGCGACGCUGGGGUCUACCUGUGCCAGGUGUCGACCUCCCCGCCCAUCACUCUGCUGAUUGACCUCUCUGUCCAAGAAUCGGUCGCCCGCGUCCUACCCGGACCCGAGGUCUACGUCCAGCUGGGCAGUCGUCUGGAGGUCACCUGCCAGGUCGAGGGCUGCCCCCCGCCCGCUCUCUUGACCUGGACGCGGGCGGGGGUCCCGCUGCCCACGGCCGGCCCGGCGGAACUGUCCAACAUCACGGAGAAGAACGCGACGGUGCCCGUGGCGAAGCUGACGCUCUUCAAGGCGGUGGCUUCCGCUGCCGAUACGGGAAACUACAGCUGCUCUUCGAAGUGUACCAAGACCGUCGGCGUCACUGUACAUGUGCUCAAAGGCGAGGAGUUAGCAGCCAUGCAGCACCACAACAGAAGCCAGCAGCUGCUACCAACCUGUAUGCUGACUGCAUGUCUGAUGGUGUGGCUCGUGCUGCAUUGGCACUGGCGUGACGUCAUCAGCACACCGUCUCUCCGGCGCCAUAAAGACCAGCUCGUCCUGGAGACGAGUCUGCAGUUCGACUCGUUGUGGAAUGAGGGGUGGUCAUUCUCGGGUGGCAUGACGACCACGUGAGCGGAUUUCACGCUGGCAUAUGCACGUUCACGUCGCGGUUUGCAGUGUGAUUGUCAGAGGUGAAGUUUCCAAGAGAAAUCAAAUGAUUUCAGAAAAUGGGAAAUACAGUGUUUUAGUUUUCUCAGCAAGUCCUAAUCGAUUGAAAUACACAUACAUUUAUACAGCACACGCACACAGGUAUAAAUUCACGCAUACACACACAAGAAUAUAAAUCUUCGAAUGAAAUGAAUAGCAGAGGAUAAGGGAAACACACUGAAAUGAAUAAAAAAAAUGAAAUGAAGUCCGAAAUCGACUGAGUGUCUAGUCUAUUUUCUUACUCCAUCUCCUUCAGGUGCAUCUGUGAUGAAAGACUUUCAUUUUCCAAAGUUUUUUUUAUCUCCUGUGAGACUCCUAAAAAAAAAAAAAAAGAUAUUCCAGGGAAAUCAAUUACGAUAAUGAUCACUGUGAAAUGGUAUUAAAUUAUUGAAAGAGAUCUCGAUAAAAAGGGUGUUCAAAUCAAAGUGGAAAUAGAUAUGUCAUUAUGUAUAUAUAUACAUAUACAUACACAUACACACACACACACA